UCAUUAUUCCCCUUCGUAACUGUAACUGGCAUGCAAUUCUGUCAUGGUGGAAAACUGAGCCAAGUUGUUUUGCUUUUCGUAAACACGGUUUGCUUCGGCACGUCCCGUAUUAAAUCUAAAUUAAUCCACAAAUUUAGGAAUUUUGUUUAAUAUAUUUGAUUUGCAUUUUACACAUAUAAUACAAGAUGGUUCGUAUGAACGUAUUGGCAGAUACAUUAAAGUCUAUAAAUAAUGCAGAAAAGAGAGGCAAGCGUCAAGUCCUUAUCAGACCUAACUCUAAAGUUAUUGUUAAAUUCCUUACAGUAAUGAUGAAGCAUGGUUACAUUGGGGAAUUUGAAAUAGUUGAUGAUCACAGAGCUGGAAAAAUAGUUGUCAAUCUAACUGGUAGAUUAAACAAAUGUGGUGUUAUCAGUCCCCGGUUUGAUGUACAGUUGAGAGAUUUGGAAAAAUGGACACGAAAUCUUUUACCAUCUAGGCAGUUUGGAUACCUAGUUUUAACGACAUCUGGUGGUAUUAUGGACCAUGAAGAAGCUAGAAGAAAACAUCUUGGAGGGAAAAUUCUAGGAUUUUUCUUUUGAAUGUGUAUUAUAAAAAAAUAAAUAUUAAAAAAAAGCUUA